AUGUUUUUUCGUUAUUCUACUGAAGUUAUAUUGUCAAAAUAUCAUAGAAAAGCUCAAAACGCAAUUUUUAAUUCUUUUAUUUAUAUUCCUGGAAGAAAAGAACAUGUUUUUUAUGCUUAUUUUUUCAGAAAAAUUAGUUUAAAACCUGAAAAAAAAAUAAAAUAUUUAAAUUUACAUAAAACUGUUGCUGAACCAAAGCCAGAAAAUUUAAAAAAUGAAACAAAUAGUUGGAAAUCUACUAUGGCGAAAAUAAGACGUCAAUAUUUAACCGAAUAUGUUAUGGAACAUAAAAAAAUUAAUGAUUCAAAGAAAAUAACGAAAAAAAAGGUGUCUAAAACUGAAAAAUCGUCUCUUUUUGCUGAUAAGGAUUACAAAUAUUUUACACCUACUAUUCAAUCUUUAUUCGACAAUGAUUAUCCACUUGAAGAUUCAAAUAAAUUAGAUAGAAUAGCCCGUAAAUCAUAUAACUUUGAAAUGACAAAAAAGAAAAAAUAUGAAGACAGAUUGUAUCAUUUUCUUACUUUAUAUUCUUAUUCAGAAAAAUUUAUUUCUACUAUUGAGGAAUUAGAUGAUGCAGUGAAUAAGUGUUUCCAAGAAAUUCCUACUGGAUUACCUCCAAGUUAUAGUAUUCAGUUUUUACAAAAUAAAAAAGAAAAACUUCUUUAUUUGAAGAAUACCUAUCCUGUGCACUCUGAAAUUUUUGAUGCUCUUCUAGGGACUGUUGAUGGAGGCAAAUUAGGACCAGAUGAACUUAUGAAUAUUAAUAAUAUAGAUGAUACAGAUAAAUCAGAUAUUGAAAAUUAA